GUUUCCUUCAUUUCCGUCGGAACUUUUAGUAUUGUAAUAUUAAUUUUGUCAAAUUUUCGCAUCUCUAUUCGAAUUUAUUUGUGCGUGAGACUAAUAUUAGAAUUUAUAUGGCUUUAAUAUGAAUUUGCAAAAGUGUCAAGAAUCAAAAGAAGAUGCAGACAACAAAGAUAACAUUGAAGAGAUGCCCGAAGGUGGAUACAAAUUAGUUCUACACAUACCGAGAACAUUUACUAAACAUUUGAUUGGAAAAGGUCAAAAGACCAUUAGACGAAUCUGUGAUGUAAGCAAAGCUUACAUCCAAAAACCGCAUGACAACGAUACUAAUAACAAUUGGCUUAUUAAAAGCAAUUAUCGUGAUCAUGUGAAUGUCGCAGAAAGUGAGAUACGUCAGGUUAUUGGCCUUGUGCGUCGCAUCUACAGGACCACACAUAUACUGGUGAUUCCCCUAAACGAGGGUGAAGUGCGCCAAAGAUACUUGGAGUUUAAAAAAUGCGUUAUGGGAGCCGAGCUAAAUAUUGCUGAAUCAUUAUACCAAUGGGAUAACUUCUUACAUAUAACCUUAUGUUCCUUUACCCUUACCGAUGAGAACGACGAACAGCAAAUGCUUGCGGAAUUACAAAAUUGCGAACAGUUUCUAAACGAUUCGGCUUCACCCUUUGAUAUGCGAAUCAAAGGCAUAAUCUUGCAACCAGGAGAUCCGGAAUGUACACGAAAAGUUUGGGCACAUGUUGAGGCGCCUCGACUAGAGCAGUUUUCCAAUAAAUGCGUGUCGCAUUUUAAUGGCUUUAAUCUGACCAAUACGACGAAUAGGAAAUCCCUGCAUUGCACUUUGAUUAAAAAUCGGUUCAACAAACAGCUUAAAACAAGAAUGCCACGCAAUUUCGAUGCUAGUGAAAUUUUAAAUCGUUGGGGCGAUUACGAUUUUGGCAACGCCCAGUGCAACCAAGUUCAUCUAUGUCGCUUGGGUAACACAAAUAAGAAUGGAGACUUCUAUGAUAUUAUUGGUACUUUGAAAAUUUAGACAUUUUUUCUAUACAAAUUGAUAAUGUGCCUUAUGAUUAAUGGCCGUCACUUGGAAACAUUUAAGAUUCUCAAAUAAAAAUCCAAAAUUAUAAAAAA